AUGGAUGGGAUCUCCAUGGACCAGACCUCCAUGCGUAGGUUCUUCAUGGAUGAGACCUCCACAAAUGGUUUCUUCAUGGAGCAGACCCCACGGCUUGAGAUCCUGGUGGACACCAUCCCAGUGGAUGAGCUCCUGGUGGGGCAGAUGUCCAUGGGAGAAGCUCGCUAUGAACCUUCUGCAUGGCCCAGACCUCCAUGGGAUGGGAUCUCCAUUGGACAACGCCCCAGAAUGGCUCGUGGUGGACAUGGGGCCUUCAGCUUCAUCCCCAUCUUCAUCCUCACCACUGGUCUUCUGCUGAGGACCCCCCAACUGGCGCAAGCUCAAGUGAAGGGCAACCAAGGCAAUGAGCUGCCGGAGGAGGAUGAGUCCCGUAUCAUCGGUGGGAAACCUUGUUCCAUCAACCAGAGACCCUUCCAAGUGGCCCUCAUCAAGAGAGGUCAGAUCCUAUGUGGAGGAAGCUUGGUAGGUGCCCAAUGGGUCCUCACAGCUGCCCACUGCAAGCAGCCAGUCAGGGACCUCAGGGUGCUGAUAGGGACGGACACCUUGAGGGAGGGGACAGGAGAACUAAGGUCCAUCUCAAGGCUUCAGGUCCACCCGUCCUACAACCCCCGCAAGAAUGACAACGACUUCAUGCUCCUGAAGCUCAACAGGCCCGUCCACUUCAGCAGCAACAUCAAGAAGAUCAGGUUGGCCACCAGGUGCCCCACGGAUGGGAUGAGGUGCAGCGUCUCCGGCUGGGGGACCACCAAGUCUCCUGGAGCGAAGCUCCCUCAGAACCUGCAGUGUGCGGCCAUCCAAGCCUUUGGGAGGAACGAGUGCACCAGGGCCUAUGGGAACGCCAUCACCCCCAACAUGUUCUGCGCUGGUGUCCCCGAAGGGGGGAUUGACUCCUGCCAGGGUGACUCUGGAGGCCCGUUGGUGUGCGAUGGGGUCCUCCAAGGGGUUGUCUCCUGGGGCAUGGCCGUCUGUGGGCGCCGAGGACACCCCGGCGUCUCCUCCAACAUCUGCAGGGCCGUGCCCUGGAUCAGGAGGACCAUCGGGAGGUCCUGA